CCGUCUUCUCCGCAACAGCAUCAAUCCAGCCUAACAGCGUGAUCAUGGGCUACUUUGACAACUGUACCUCUGAAGACCGUUUUACGAUACGGCAGAAAUACUUCGAUCAAUGCGUUGUUAGUGAUUGGGAUGAACGUCGUAUUGUCGCUGUCGUCACACCAGGGGUCGAGUCAGACGACGACUUCAUAAUCGACACACUUGCGCGCCAUAUCGGCAGCAUUCCAGCAGAUGCCGUCCGGAUUGAAGUCUCUCCAGAGGGAGAGCUUGUCUCCUUCUCAUGCGAAGUCGCGGAUGACUGGACGAUGGCCCCUUUCUACCCCUCGCCCUCGGACUUCCCGCCAGGGACAGAGACAGUGCGCAGAGCGGAUCUGACAGAGAUCAGUCGUCUGGGAGUCCAGACGGACUUGUGUGAAUACGUUUCUUCAGAUGGAAAAGUGCACCGUGUUGCGUUCAAGUAUUACACCAACGAGAGCCAAGUGCCCGUCUUCUGGCACGAGCUCAACUGCGUGCUCAAAAUACCCAAGCACCCGAAUAUUGUGCCUUUCGACAGGCUGGUCAUCGAUACACUCGAUGGUGAAGACAAGGUCGUAGGCUUCACGGCGCCCUUUGUUGAGGGUCGAACUGUGGACGACAGCCCAGGCCGAGUAUUCAAGCUGAAAUACUUGAGACAGCUUCUAGAUUGUAUCGUUUAUCUCAAUAUCCAGCUUGGCAUCGUGCAUGGGGAUGUCUGUGGCAGGAACCUCCUCAUAAAUGAGCAAUCAGACAACGUCCAACUUUUCGACUUCAACAUGGCUGCCAAGCUCGGCUGGGAAGGUGAUUCUUCAGAGCAUGGAAAUGGCGUCUUCGCUUUCGACGAGGAUCGCAACGACGUUAAGUGCGCCGUAUUCACCGUUUACGAGAUCAUCACGCGGGACCUGCAUCUUCGUGAGGAAUAUCACCCGCACGAACUAGACACUUCCAUCCUGCUCGAGCUCGAAACGUGGGAGCAACACCCGGAUGCCCGCCUCGACGCCGACCCGGCAGAGUAUCGAACAAUGCUGGAAGACUGGCUCGGCGCGAGAAGAGAUAUCGACAAGAAGAUAGACCACUUUUCGAAAGCACCACAUGCCCUGGAGUGGCCGCCUCUGCCAGAAUUUGAGAGGGCAGCGCGCAUGCGCCAAGAGUUGAUCCUCCAGGGUGGUGGUGAAUUCUUGAAGUGGCAGCGGCCUGCAAGUAACAAGCUCCCGUUGCCAAAGGGGCAAAGUCUGCUGGCCACGGGUGAAAUCGUCGACAACAAAGGAAAAGAGGACUUGGAUAUUAAAUAAAGUUCAAAUUCUCG